GAGGGCUGCCAGCUCGGCCAGGUGUUCCUUACCAGAUGCACGGCCAGCCUCCGGGGGCGGCGCCUAUGCCCUACGGUCAAGUCGGAAAUGGUUAUAUGGCGAUGCCUACACCACAGGGUCCGAUGGGGAUGCCUCCUCCGGCCUCAUCCAAAGGUUAUUGGUGAAAAGACUGGCAGGCUUCCUCUUGCGGUUCUUAAAAGAUCACUUCCAGUUAUGUUGUGUUUGUGCUUUUUCAUGUUACAUCCUUUCGCUUUGUUGGAUGAAACGGUGUCCUCUCCCUUCCGCUUGUCAUGGAUUCCUAAAUGUUUCAACAGUGGAUCUUGUUAGCAUCUGAGUGAUGGUUGCAUCAUUUUCCUAAGCACAAUGCCAUGGUCUGAGAUCAGCAAAUAUAGUUCCUGGUGUAACUUCUGAAGAUUGUUUUCAAGGAUGUAGAUAAGGUAAGGCCGUCUUCACAAAUCUCCAGUUUACUUGAGAUAGAUUACAUUUAUUUGCAUGUCCCCCCCCCCCAGGUUACUCUUACAGCUGGUCGUAUAUGCUAUCUUUGUGGUGUGAUCCUUUGUAUACUUUUAUUGUGUGGUAAAAAUGUUUUUAAGUUUUCUUGUUUAUUUUGUUCUCAUGUUGUGAAAUUUUAGUUGCUGUUUAUAAAUUUAAGGAUUCUAUCUGAUAAGUUUGCAUAGAUAUUGUCUGCUAUUCUGCAGGAAUGCCCCGGUACCCUGCACCUUACCCAACAAUGAUUCGUCCUGGAUUUCCUCCACGUCCAAUUCCACCAGCCGGCAUGAUUCCACAAAUACCAAGGCCUCCUAUUCCAAGUAUUCGUGGUGUACCACCUGUAGUAACUCCUGUUAUCCGGCCCUUUAUACCUAUUGUUGCACCUGCAGAGAAGCCACAAACCACUGUUUAUGUUGGCAAGAUUGCUUCCACAGUAGAAAAUGAAUUUCUCCUUUCAAUUCUCACGCUUUGUGGUCCUGUGAAGAGUUGGAAACGUGCUCAAGAUCCUUCUGAUGGUACUCCUAAAGGUUUUGGAUUUUGCGAAUUUGAGUCUGCUGAAGGAGUUCUUCGUUCAUUACGCUUGCUUAGUAAAUUGAACAUUGAUGGGCAAGAAUUGGUGCUGAAUAUAAACCAAGCCACCAGGGAAUAUCUUGAGCGAUAUGUUGAAAAGAAAAGGGAGAAGAUUAAAGAAGCAGAAACUGGAGGUCCUGCAAAGGAAAGUAAUAGUAAAGAAGGUUCUGAAACACAAGAUCCUACAAAACCAGUUGAAGAAGGAACCAAGAAAGAUUCAGAAGAUUCUGGGGAUAACGAAAACCAGGAUAGCAGCAAGAAAUUUGGUAUCGUCACAGAUGAAGACCGUGAGGCUGACAGAGAAGCUCUAGAGAAGCUAACAAAUAUGAUAGAGGAGAGAUUAAAGAACAAACCAUUGCCUCCCCCACCUAUAGAUGGGUCUGCUAAGUCGACAUGUGAAGUAGGUUCCAAAUCGAGGGAUGGGGAUUCUGAUAUUGAUGUUGUCAGAAGUGAUGCUGCUGAAGAUAAAAAUGAUGAUGAAACCACAAGUGAAAACAAGCCUGGAACUGAAAGUGACAAGCCUGAAACCAGUUCACCUGAUAAAUCUAGGAGGCAUGAUAGGAACAGAGAAAGAGAUAGAGAGCGUGACUUGAAACGGGAUAAGGAAAGGGAGCUAGAGAGAGUUGAGCGAGAACGAGAAAGAGAGAGAGUUAGAAGGGAGAGGGAAAGGGAUUUGAAGGUAAGGGAGGCUGAGCGAUUGUACAAGGACCGUCUGAAGGAGUGGGAAUCUAGAGAGCGAGAAAAAGAGUACCAGCGUCAGUAUGAGAAGGAACGGGAGAAGGAAAGAGAACGGGAACGUCGGCGAGAGAUUUUGCGGCAGGAAGAGGAAAGUAGUGGUGAUGACGAUGAUGACUCAAGGAAAAGAAGACGCAGGAGUGUUAUACUUGAGGAGAGAAGGAGAAAGAGGCAGCGGGAGAAGGAAGAGGAUUUGGAUGAUAGAUCGAAAGAAGAGGAGGAAAUUUCUGAGGCUAAGAGGAGGGCAUUGGAGGAGCAGCAAUUAAAACUUGACUCAAGGUCUCCUGAUCAGAUGAUUAUUGAGGAUGAAAAUCCUAUUGUGCAAGAAGAAGAGAAUUUUGUUGAAAUAAAGCAAAUUGCUUCAGUCCAAGCUACUGAGGUUUCUGGAAACACUAUUAAUAAUGUAGAUGGAAUUUUUAGAAACAGCAGUGCUGAUGACCUUAAUAUGGUGCCAGUUGCAACCUCAGACACCAAGCAGAACAACAAUAUUCCAGCUCGGAAACUUGGGUUUGGUCUAAUAGGCUCAGGAAAACGAACAACUGUUCCCUCUGUUUUCCAUGAGGAGGAUGAUGAGGAUGUGGAUGAGAAAAAAAUGAGACCACUUGUGCCAAUUGAUUACUCCACCGAAGAACUACAGGCUGUCCAGAUAAAUGCAUCUGCACCACAACCAAAUUUGGUGGCUGCUUCUGAAUUCGCAAAGCGCAUCUCUGGUGUCAACCCAAAAGAGGAGAAGUCUGACGUGGAUAGGGAAAGAAAUAGACGUUCUAGUGACAAACUGAGCCUGAGAGAGCGAGAUCGUAAUGAUGAUGACAGUAGUCGUUUCAAAGAUGAAAGCAGGGAGAAGAUGCAUGAAAAGAAUGUUGAUCGGGAAAAGGGUCGAGAAGAUAAGCAAAAAACUGAAAACAAGAAGCUUUUGGAUGCGAAGCAGUUGAUCGACAUGAUCCCGAAGACUAAGGAAGAGCUGUUUGUCUAUGAAAUUAAUUGGGAUGUGUACGACAAGCAUGAGUUGCAUGAGAGGAUGAGACCAUGGAUUUCAAAGAAGAUAACCGAGUUUCUUGGAGAGGAGGAAGCUACUUUGGUGGACUAUAUUGUUUCUUGUAUCAAAGAUCACAUACAAGCAUCGACAAUGCUAGAAAUGCUUCAGUCUAUUCUGGAUGACGAGGCAGAAAUGUUCGUCCUCAAAAUGUGGAGAAUGUUGAUAUUCGAAAUCAAGAAAGUCGAAACCGGCUUAUCUGUGAAAUCAAAAUCCUAGGCUGCAGGUUAUAUCUCUCUCAGUUUCGUAAAUUGUUAAUGUUUGUCAAAUCUUCUUCAGUAGCCUUAGAGUCUGUGUCUGUAGACAACAAUAUUCUCCGAGUUAUUGCGUAUCCAGUACUAAUCACUUUGUACGGCAAUCAAACAAGGAUUUAUGCCUCUAAUUAAAAGGGGUUUUCAUUUUUUUCUC